AUGCAGGUCGCUAUUGUAAUCACCGAUGGGGAGCAAACAACGACCGGUGGAUUUACACCAUUGGACGAAGCAUCCAAAGACAUCAAAGACAAAGGAGUUGUAGUGUACUCUUUGGGUGUAGGGAGUGGCGUCAACUCAGAACAAUUACGGCAGAUUGCUAGUUCUGAUGACAACGUGUUUACGUCUACUGGCUUUGAGGAACUGAUUAAUGUGGUGAAGCCUAUUGUAGAGAAAUCUUGUCCGAUCAAAGCAACACCAACGCCUACUCCGAGUAAGAAAUAAGACCCUGUUCGAUUUUGCUAUGCAUAUUUAAGCAAUGGCUGUACUGUUGGUUUGCAACCAGGUUUCAAUGUGGCCAUGUUGUUCGACGAAAAAAUACAGCCUUUUUUUUUUGGCAGAUAUUUACAUAAAGACGGAAUUCAGGUCCCAGCUUCAGCUUGUUCUGGGCGGACAACAUGGUCGCCGUGAAGUCAAUAUAUUUGAGGGGAGAGAUCCUCUACGAUAAGAGUUUCCAAAGAGCUGUGCGAAGAUGUCGUUGUUACUAUAACUUAGGUGGAUAGUGCAAUCCCUUAGAGAGGUCGUUUCCGAUGUCUGUCUUGUCAAAUUCUCUUGUGUUAUUCGUAAUAUAUACAAAUUCAUUUAAUUGAUGAAGUUUGUUGUAUAGGAUACGUUAUAAAGCUGGAUUGGUAGGAUGACUCGCUGUCUGGUUUUGUAAGGUGUGAACGAGUUUUCUCUUACACUUUUGCCUAAUGUACAGGUGCAGUAUGCCCCCAUCCCUAUGGAGACCACCUUCAUUAUCGACUCAUCUGUAUGUGGGAGCGACAGUGACUGGAAUCGCUUAUUGUACUUUGUGCAAACAUUGGUCAGCUUCUUCAAUGUGUCUCCUAGUCCAUCUGGAGGACGUAUUGCUCUCAUUCCAUACGCUACUGACGCUAGCGUUGCUCUAAAAUUCAACACAUUGACUGGAAGCCGACUCAGUGAAGCAGAGGUCAAUAGACAAAUUGGUCUGCUUAAAUGUCAGCGUGGGUUUAGACGAAUUGAUAAAGCAUUGGACCUGGCGGACAAGGAAGUGCUGACUCCCGCCGGUGGAGUGCGAGAUAUCUCAAAGGUGAAGGCCUCUAGAAUACACUUUUUUUUCCAUCCUCAACACUUACAUAAACUGUACAGUUUGAGCACGAUAUAAAUCAGUCAUAUAAGAGAAAUCGAAGUCAACGAGACUUAAGACUACAACUAGAUUAGAUUAAAGGGAGUUGCUUGGCUUCGAAGGCUUGUGGGACGCUCACACAACCACAUCAGCAAUGCGUUUAGUGUAUGAUGUAUAAUUGAAUGCUAUUAUUUUAUUGUCAUAAUGAUUUUUUUUUGUGUGGUUAUUAUAGUUAAAGUCCUUCCUGGUUUGUGGGCCAUUGUCUUCAAAUUUCUGCAGUUCGCUGAAAACGUUUGCAUCAUAUUGGUAAUUUUUCCUUUCCUCUUUUAUAGCCUGUUUUAGUUAUCACCGCUGGAAAGCAGACAAAAGAUCAAGGAGCAUACACGCCACUUGAUAAAGCCUCAUCCCGCCUUCAGAGUAAAGGAGCAGCUGUGUUCGUCUUGGGAAUAGGAGAAGACGUGGAUACCACAGAACUUAACCAGAUCGCCUCCGGGCCUAAUAACGUAUUUAGGGUGGACUCUUUUAAGGACUUGUACGAGAAGGCUAACGAAGCGAAGAGAGGAAUCUGCGUACUAGGUAUCAUUUGCAGACAGUAUCGUAACACGCACCCUUCAUGCAGUUUUCUUUUGUACGGCGAGUUGGCUAGGCAUAAUUUAUUGUUUUCCGCCAUGAUCUGCGUUAACAUUGUUACUUUGCCUUUAGAAUUUAUAACAUGUGGAGACAGCAAACGUGGAAAAAGUGAGAUUAGUAAUCCUUCUCUAAAAUGCAUUACUUUUUGUUUGUUCUUUUCAGUGCCAACAACGCCUACACCAGUACCAACGACGCCAGGUAAAUCAUGCAUGGCUAUGUUAAUUUGGCCAGUCUGGUAAUCUAUGUAAUGUUGUACUGUAGGCUCAUAUCGCGCCCGUGGGCCGUGGUCCGUGUUCCAUGUUAAAGGGCGAAUUUGCUUGCUGUUAGCGUUCGCAAGUUUGCUUAGAAUCUGCUUUAAUUUCAACAGAAUUGUGCCGAAUUCCAAUGGACACCACCUUUAUUAUCGACUCGUCGUUGUGUGAAAGCGACAGCAACUGGCAGCGCUUGCUGAACUUUGUGCAAACGUUGGUCAGUUACUUUAAUGUGUCACCAUCAGGAGGUCGUAUUGCUGUGAUUCCAUACGGCUCGGACGCCAAAGUGUCUCUAAAGUUCGAUACAUUAACUGGAAACCGUCUCAACGGAGAGGAAGUCAACAGGAGAGUGGGCAACCUAGCGUGUCAGGGAGGAUCCAGACGAAUCGAUAAAGCCUUGGAAUUAGCAGACAAAGACGUUUUGAUCCCCUCUGCUGGAAUGAGAGAUGUAUCACGGGUAAGAAAUAUUUUCUGAGUUACUACACGUUUCAACUGGCAUUUGUAGUUUUUUUUCUCUGUAGAUUGACUCUGUUAAUGAAGACAGCUUUUGAUAAUCAAACUUGGGGAGUCGAGGGAAAUGGCCUGUGUAUUUAGAAGGGGCUUUUUGACCGGAGCUUGUUGAUCUACACAAGUCCGUGAUCCAGAAAUAAAUAGUUAAAAUACCCUGAAAAAAAAGAACUUUGUAGCUCACACUGAACAACACCGUAACAGUGCGUAUUCAUGGACUGAAAACGUAGGUUAUUGAUUUGUUUCCUUCCAGCCUGUUUUGGUUAUCACGACUGGAAAACAAACAGCAGACGAAGGAGUGUACACGCCUCUUGAUAUAGCUUCUUCUCGUCUCCAAGACAAAGGAGCAGCCGUUUUUGUCCUUGGUAUAGGGAAAGACGUUGACCCUUCGGAACUUAAACAAAUUGCUUCUGGACCAAAUAAUGUCUUUACCGUGGGAUCAUUCGAUGACUUGGAUACCAAAGCUAACGAGGCCAAGAAAGGCAUAUGUGUGUUAGGUAUUUGAAUCUCCUGCAUUGAUUGUCCACAUUAUCGCCCUAAUCUACACAAUUACGCGGGAUCUGAUUUUGUUUCUGCUUUGUAGUGCCUCCAACACCAACCAUAACAGUGGGACCAACAACUCGAGGUAAGUGAUUUCCGUGGUAUAUGAGGUUUGUCUGCAUUUUGUACAUAACUUUUCUGCUGAACGGGUGGUUUGCAGUUGUUGUGGAGAUAGCGCUGUAAUCCUCGUAGGCUAUCAGACGUAAAAGAAAAUCUGCAACUAGCGCAAGGCCUGUAGAGAAUGCCGCAUGGCUGGAAUGCAGGAAGAACAUGCACCGUACCUUGAGUCUAAUUACAUUACUUUGUCUUUUCUGUUUCAGAAGAAAUAUGCCCAAUCCCUAUGGACACGACUUUCGUUAUUGACUCGUCUCUGUGUGAUAGUGAGAGCAAUUGGAAUCGCUUGUUGUACUUUGUGCAAACUUUGGUCAACUAUUUUAAUGUGUCACCGUCAGGAGGUCGUGUUGCGUUUGUUCCUUACGGUACUAAUGCUAGUGUAGUUCUGAAGUUUAACUCAUUAAGCGGAAUUAAUCUUAAUGGAGCAGAAGUCAAGAAACGACUUGAUGGCUUAAGAUGCCAGGGUGGUUUUAGACGAAUCGACAAAGCAUUGGAUCUUGUAGACAGGGAGGUGCUGACACCCGCUGGUGGACUGAGAGACAUUUCAAGGGUAAGUUGGAGAAGGAAGAAUAACCGCACAAAUUGACCAAUAACACGCUAGGCACCUGGUGGAUCAAAAGACUGACUUUGUGUUUUUCUAUUGUUUGUCUGCAGCCCGUAUUUGUGAUCACGACUGGAAAGCAAACAGCGGACCAGGGCGUAUACCUACCUCUGGAUAUAGCCUCCUCUCGCCUUCAGAGUAAAGGAGCGGCCGUGUUUGUGUUGGGUAUAGGAGAGGACGUGGACACCUCAGAACUGAACGAAAUUGCUUCUAGCCCUGACAACGUUUUUAGAGUGGAUUCUUUUGAGGACUUG